GGCGGUCAGGCCCGGCCCGCGCUGUCCUGGCCUCUGUGAAUGGGAGGCGGGCGAAGUGGCCACAAGCGCGCUGUUUUCAGGGAACCGACUCGCUCACGGAGGUUCUCGGACACCUGCGGUCGGAGCUGUGGAGCGGAGGGGGCGUGAAGGAAGUGUUGUAAGGUUUUGGGUCCUGGAGGCCUGACCACCUGAAGGUGGUCGAAGGCCUUUCACUGCUGGACUUGGGUGUGUCUCCUUAUUCUGGAGCAAUAUUUCAUGAAUGAUGUCUAGUCAAACUGCAAUAACAAGAAAAGAUAAGAACAACUUGAUUUGAAAAAAAAAAAAAGAACAACUUGAGAGUCUUGUAAUAGGCACACAGACUCCAUUAAUAAUAUACCUCUUCCAUUUCCUAAUUGACUAUGCUGAAUUGGUAUUUAUGAUAACUGAUGUACUCACUGCUGUUGCCCUGUAUUUUGCAAUCCAGGACUUCAAUAAAGUUGUGUUUAAAAAACAGAAACUCCUCCUAGAACUGGAUCAGUAUGCCCCAGAUGUGUCAGAACUCAUCCAAACCCCUAAAGAAAUGCAUUACAUCCCUCUGAAAGUGGCCCUCUUCUAUCUCUUAAAUCCCUACACGGUCUUGUCUUGUGUUGCCAAGUCUACCUGCGCCAUCAACAACACCCUUAUUGCUUUCUUCAUUUUGGCCACGAUAAAAGGCAGUGCUUUCCUCAGUGCUAUUUUUCUUGCCUUAGCAACAUACCAGUCUCUGUACCCAAUCACCUUGUUUGUCCCAGGACUCCUCUAUCUCCUCCAGCGGCAGUACAUACCCGUGAAAAUGAAGAGCAGAGCCUUCUGGAUCUUCUCUUGGGAAUAUGCCAUGAUGUAUAUGGGGAGCCUUGUGGUAAUCAUUUGCCUCUCCUUCUUCCUUCUCAGUUCCUGGGAUUUCAUCCCUGCAGUCUAUGGCUUCAUGUACCCGGAGAGCCCUUCUCAUCCAGAUCUCUGUAGGGAGGAAGUCAUCCCUGGCUGCCCAGCAAUGACCCCGUCUUCAAGAGAAAAUAAAGAGAUGUUUGAGCACUUCAGCCUCUUCUUUGUCUGCGUGUUUCAGAUCAACGUGUUCUUCUACACCAUCCCCUUAGCCAUUAAGCUAAAGGAGCACCCCAUCUUCUUCAUGUUCAUCCAGAUUGCCAUCAUCUCCAUCUUCAAGUCCUAUCCGACAGUAGGGGAUGUGGCCCUUUACAUGGCCUUCUUCCCUGUGUGGAAUCAUCUCUACAGAUUCCUGCGGAACAUCUUCGUCCUUGCCUGCAUCAUUAUCGUCUGCUCCUUGCUCUUCCCUGUCCUGUGGCACCUCUGGAUUUAUGCAGGAAGUGCCAACUCUAACUUCUUUUAUGCCAUCACACUGACCUUCAAUGUUGGGCAGAUAUUAGGUACCUGCUAUGCACCAAGCACUCUACUGAGAAUGAAUGUGAUACAGCCCAUCCUCCAAGGUGUUCACGGUCUGUGGGGAGAAAGGAAAACAGGCAGCACAGGGCAGUGUGACAGGGUCAGCGUGGUGCCGGGAGCUCAGAUCUGGUGCUCUGAAGGAAGCUUCUUGGGGAAGGUACUUUCUAAAUGUGUAGGAUCUAACUGGGUUCUGGAUCUCAAACCCUGGGGGAGGGAGAGAGAGAGAAUGGAGGGAGGGAAGUAGGGAGGAAUGUUGUGGUUAUAUAGGAUUGGCCUACCACUUGAUAAGGAGGAAGGAUAUUUCAGGGGAGCAGGAGUCAGAGCUACAUAAUGAGGUCUUGGAGGAGGCCUCAUUAUGGGGAGGACCAGGCUGAGACUAUGU